AUGUUCCACGACGAAUCGGCCCGCAUCAAUUAGAAUGACAACUAGCGAAGGAUCAUUCUCAAGAAUUUGGGAUCUGAGAUAAAGAAAUUCCUCGAGCUUAGUAUCAAGUGUGCCAAUUACGGCGAUAGAAGUUUUCGAUGGAGGCAUGAAGCAUCUCUUGAGUUUCGAAGUAGUAAAAAGUGAAGAAUGAUGCGAGAAAACACCAUCUUGCCAAAGAUACCUGAAGUAACACUAAGCGGGGAAGACGUCGAAUAAACUGAUUAUAUUGCGUUGCUCUGGCGAAUCUGAGCUGAGUAUUACGUAUAGUACUCGAUGUUCGCACAACUGAUACCCCUUUAACCCCUUUAACUCCAUUUAACCCCUCCUUGUCCUCCUCUCCCUGUGAGAGGUUAAGACGGGAACUGAGGCCACACAACUUAUACAAGUGACGCCCAAAACUGUACCCGUUACCCUUGAUCAUGGUAUUAUAUUCGCGCCCGGAAAUUCUCCAACGCCUACGGGAAGUUAUCUCUUUUCAUCGUCCAAUUGUCGGCGCUGGGGCUGGCAUUGGCCUUUCCGCCAAAUUUCUUGAGGCUGGCAGUGCCGACCUUAUCAUUGUUUACAACUCAGGCCGCUACCGAAUGGCCGGUCUAGGCUCCCAUGCAGGCCUGCUGCCAUAUGGCGAUGCGAACGCCAUUGUUGUCGACACGGCCCGGGAAAUUCUGCCCAUUUUUCUAAAGCAAAUAAAGGAGUUAGGAUUCAGCGGCAUUCAGAACUUUCCUACCGUCGGACUCAUAGAUGGAAACUUCAGGGCCAACCUAGAGGAGACCGGCAUGGGCUACGAACUCGAGAUCGAGAUGAUACGAAUUGCUUCCGAGAUGGGCCUCGUCACCUCGCCCUACAUAUUCAAUGUUGAGGAGGCAGUUAGCAUGGCAAAGGCCAGUGCUGAUAUCAUAGUCGCGCACAUGGGCCUAACAACAAACGCAGUAAUAAAUGUAAGGGAAGAUAUAAUCGUUUUAUGUCACGGCGGCCCAAUCGUGGAGUUUAAAGACGCGGAGUAUGUCCUUUCCCGAACGAAGGGGGUGCAUAGAUUUUAUGGUGCGAGCAGCAUGGAACGUAUCCCGGUAGAGGUCGCAAUUACGAACAACACGAAGAAGUUAAAGGAAAUCCAUAUAGCGGACUGA